AUGCCUAGAGAACGACGUGCGAACAUCGGCCGCCGCACAAGACAUGCAAGCCAGCAACAAGUAUAUUCAAGGAACUUAAGAGAAGAAAGACAAAAUAUAAUAAGAGAAAAUGACCGAUUGAGACAUCGCGUGAGCACACGAAGAUCAUUGGCAUCAUACAAUCGCUUGGCGGUCGAACUAUCAAAGUUAAAGUUCAAAAUCAAGAGAUUGAGAUCGGAAAUGAAUUCAUUGUACCAUAUUGCCCGCUGCUAUCACGAAUUUUCGAAACACAUGCAAACGUUGAGAGUUGUCAUUCGGCCAAAUCAAUCAAAUAUUUGUGCAAGUACGUCACAAAAGGCAGCGACAUGGCUGUGUUUGGUAUUGCGUCGGAAAAUGUGA